GGGUUUAAUAAGGAUGCCAAUAACUAAUAUAGCCUGCCAAUGACUGGGUAUUUUUACUGCCAAUCUCUAGAGGUUACUGCCAAUAACUCAGAAAUGUGAUAUUGAAAAAAUAUAAUAAUUUUAAAUUGUAAAUUGAUAAAUUUUAUUAAAUUUUUUUUUUAUAUUAGCAGCUUUAGCCUUAAUAAUUUUGUGGACACCGCCAUAUUUAAGCUACUUUAAAUUUUUAUACGUACAGCGCGAAAAGAGUUUUAAUAAACUGCUUAACCUGCCAAUAAUUGGGUGUUUUACCCUAUGUAAAUUGCAUUUAAACGAAAAGUUGCCAGUUGCCCACGGACUAUAAAACAGCCCAAACAUAUCUCAAGCCCCACCCACAAGACGCGUUGCCAACAGCAGCACGUGUGCCCGCGCAAAAACCCCAGAACCAAUUCCAGUGACUUUUCCUUCUGUCAAACGCAGAUGCUCGUGGGCGAUGUACGGUUUGUGUUGUUUGUUUAUUUACUCGCGACAUUUUCCGGAUUUUUACUUACAUGUUCCGAGUAUCGUGAAUAAAACUUGUUAAAUUUUGUUUUAUUUUUUGUGGCGCGUCAUUUACAUAUCCAGGAAAUCGCUCUCUUCAUUGUUUUUUUCUUGUUUUCCGUGCACCGGUACUUUGCCUCCUGAGUUCAUCCAUAUAAGUACAUAUUAUUACAGCAUGAACUUGUGCAGAUAAAUCAGCCAAUAAUUAACUUAUUAUCUAGUUAAUUGAACAAUGUUUUAGUGGUAUUACAUUAACGGUAUAUAACACGGGUGCAGAAACAGGAAGGAAAAAGUUUAUGAGACACUUUUGUUUACAUUUUUAAAAUGCAAUAAAAACAAACUCAGCCUUAAGAUGAAUAGGAUUCUUUGUUUAUUAGCCCUGACAGUGCUUUUUAGAACCUAUGUUAAUUCCGCUGUGACAGAUUACGAAGAUUACGAGGAUGAAGAAGACUAUGAAGACGAAUAUUCAAAUUCAAACGCCACAUCGAAUGGGACUCUAACAUUUCUGGCUCCACUUGUCAAUGUGACGAAAGACCACGGAAAAACUGCACAGUUUGUGUGUCAUGCGCAUAAUGCCGAUUUGAAUAAUACUAAAGUCAAUUUCAUUUGGAAAAUAAAUGAAGUACCGGUCAGCAGGAAAGAUAACGGGAUUAAAGUUAGAAAUAUAAAGGAAAAAGACAAUAAUUGGAGGUCAAUAUUAAAAAUUAAAAAUGUAGAUAUUGCAAGUUUUAUAGAAUGUGUUGUCAGUAACGGGGUGGAUAAAAUCAGAUCACAAGCAACACUAUUCCUUACACCAGAACCGCAAAAGUGGGGAAGCACUGCAGUAAACUCUCUUAAUUUCGGAAACCUAGAUCAAGAAAGUACUGGUGAUAUGACGACAUUUGUACCAAAUUCCAUAUCCAAGAAUGGAGAACAUCAACUUUUUGAAUCCACAGUUGCCCAUAAAGCAAAGACUUUUAGUGCCCCUAUAAGUUUUGAUUUGGAUAGUUCCGGAAAACUUACGGACACUGCAGAUAGUAGUGAACCCAUUGUGGUUUAUAACGGAUCUGAGCCCUUCUGCCAGCUGUAUAGUGGGCAAGUCUGCAAGAACUUUCUUUCCAAUAAAUAUGUAUUUGUGCAACCACCUUACUCCCAAGACGAUAUUGAAACCAAAUUAUUCAACGCUUUUGCUGUUAUAUCCAGAUCAAACGACAUCUCGUCGAGUUGCAGCAAAUUCGCGCAGCCCAGCAUGUGUUUCUCGGCAUUUCCGUUAUGUCUGGAUCACCGGGUUGUAAACCAGUUUCAACAGUCCCAUAUCGACGAUUUUAAAUUAGUAAAUAACGAAAAUAAAAAGAAAUUUAAGAAUAUUAGAAAAAGACUGACGAAUAGCCUUAGGAGGGUAUGUCGGGACGAGUGUAUAUUGUUGGAAACUGAGCUUUGUAGUAAGGAGUACUCUAUAGCGAAAAGGCAUCCAGUAAUAGGACAAAUUUUGGAGUUGGAAGUAUGCGAGAAUUUACCUGUUGAGAUGGACCCUAGUUCCAGCCACUGUCUUUCAUUGGGCGUUGGAGAUUUUAAAGGGAACAAAGAUGAGCAAUGCUAUUGGGAUACUGGCAAAUUAUACAGAGGAGUUCAAAAUACUACCGUUUCAGGAGAGCUUUGCAUUAAGUGGUCCCACCAGUUUCAUUUGCUGCCCUCCGACUAUCCAGAGUUAGCAGGUCAUAACUAUUGCAGAAACCCUGGCGAAACAGAAACGGAACCUUUUUGUUAUGUAGAACAGAACAGGAAGGAAGUUUGUGGCAUAUCGAAAUGCAUUUUCGUUUUUGGCUCGUACGUGGUCGGGAUCUUGCUGAUAAUCACAUUUUUGGCCGGCCUGAUUUUCGCUUAUUGUUAUUGCAGAAGGAAAAGCAAGGUCGCGAGGAAUCUUCAGAAUAAGGACUUGCCUCAAGUAAAUAAGAAUAUUUACGGGAAUCCUGGUCCAUCAAGUCCCAUAGAGAUGAAUAGUCUGCUGCCUCCAAACAACAUCCCGACUAAUCAAAGAAAUCAUAGUCAUAAUAAAGUUGGGUACCAGAGUUUACCUCAGUAUACUUACAAAGAGGUCAGGUUUAUAAAGGAACUUGGAGAGGGAGCAUUUGGUAAAGUGUACCAAGGGGAACUGAAAACCAAAACCGGUAAAGUAUUCGUAGCGGUAAAAUCCCUAAAGGAAAACGCGUCUGCCAAAACUCAGGCUGAUUUUCAGAGAGAGAUCGAAUUGAUUUCCGAGUUAAAACAUCCGAACAUUAUUUGCUUGCUUGGGGUGGUUAUUAAGCAAGAGCCUAUGUGUAUGCUGUUUGAGUAUAUGUCAGAGGGGGAUCUGCAUGAAUUCCUGAUUGGAAACUCGCCUGAAAAUGGAAAAUGCUUAACACAUGAUCAAUUUUUGGAUAUUGCCAUUCAAAUAGCACAAGGCAUGGAAUACCUUUCUGAGAACCACUACGUCCAUAGAGACCUGGCAGCAAGAAACUGUUUAGUUUCCAAAGAUCUAGAAGUCAAAAUUAGCGAUUUCGGUCUUAGUAGGGAUAUGUAUUCUUGUGACUAUUAUAGGGUGCAGUCAAAAUCUCUAUUGCCGGUAAGGUGGAUGCCUCCCGAAUCGAUAUUGUACGGAAAAUUUACGACCGAAUCUGAUGUGUGGAGUUACGGCGUUGUUUUGUGGGAAAUUUAUAGUUAUGGCUUACAGCCCUAUUAUGGUUACAAUAACCAAGAAGUGAUCAGCAUGAUUCGUUCUCGAAAGUUACUUCCUUGUCCGGACGCCUGUCCCAGUUACUGUUAUGCCCUCAUGGUGGAAUGUUGGGCGGAACAAGCCAAUAGGAGACCCAAUUUUAAAGAGAUCAGCGAUAGACUAAAGGUGUGGAAACAAAGCGGUUGCACCAAUGGAGCUUAUUUCAAGUCUGUGCCUUCAUCAUGUCAACCGACACCACAAAGACAUUGUCUUAACGGUUCCAAAUCAAGCCACACAUCGGAUUCUCAAACCCUUUGUCCUGCCUUAGAGAACCAAAUGUCAACGUUGCCCUGGGAUAGUGAACGACACAGCAACAAACCAUCUUCUAGUCGAUUACAUGACAGCCAAAGCAGUUUGACUUCAGGACGGUCUUCUAGUUUGGGUAACACGACUCAGAGCACGAACAUAAGCGCCGACGGCAGAAGGGAAAGGAGGCACAAAGGUAGCAGAAAUUUGGGUUCGCUGGACAGGAUGAAUCCGAAAAGUACAGUUGUUAGUAGUAGUACUAGCGGUGACAAUUUCGAAACCAAAAUUAGAGAAUAAUUUUUUUUGUAAGAAUCUCUUUUUGGGAAUCUUCUAGUUGUUAUCAGAAUAUCGGUGAAGCUCUUUUUAUUUUUCCGGUCUGUAAUUGUUGUUGUCCAGCAUUUUAACGAACUUUAAACAAUAAUUUUUUGAGCUUUGUAAAAGCCAACCAAGCACAAAUUUGAUAUAGUUAAAAAUCUUGUAUCUUGACUUUGUAUAGUUUUGAUUGUGAUAUUCAAAAUUUUUAGAUAGUUGUAUUUUUUCUUUUAUAAAUUUUAUAUAUUUUUUAGAGUUACUUAUACAUUGCUCUCAUGUUUGUACUUUAUCUUACUACUUAGUUCCUAUUUUGCUAUAUUCUUUUUAACCCUUGAAUGUCCAUCUGAUAAAAUUAACGUAAAUGCUCAUGCGGGGUACUUUGGGGACCCCAGUGAAUAUUGUUAUGGCCAAAUUUCGGUUCUAGGUCAAUAUUUGUUGCAAUUUAUGACAUUAAACUUAAUAGUUUCAUUAAAAAAAAGAACAUUUUAAUUUUUAAUGCUACAUAAACUAAAGCUUAUAACAUCACAAAAUAAACAUUAAAAAAAUAGAAUGUUUCAACGAAAAUAUCUUAUAUACGAAUAUUCCAAAUUUUAUACAAAGUAUUUAUUGUAAAUAUAAAAAAUGGGUUACUCUUUUGCAAAACAGCUUGGACAUACUAAAGUUUGUUGCUUAUUUCCGUCUUUAAUACACACAAAGUUUUUACAUUUAACACAUGUUGUGUUUACGAUUUUAUUAUAUUUUCUCGGACAUUGAUAACACGUGCCGCGUUUUCUUAGAGGGCUAGGUUGACCAAGUUUUUCUUUUGCUUUUUCCAGUAUUCCAUAAUCUCGAAAAGCUGAUUUUACCUGUGACUUGUGAUUUACAUAUGUAGCACGCUUUACCAUAAUAUAUCUAGCAAGGUCGUUUCCAAGUUCUAGCAAAAAGUAUGUAAAAAAAGUGUCCUGCCGACGCCUUUUUUGCAACCUUUUGAUGAUAAAAAUGUUCGAACAGGAAUUGUCAAGUAUAUUCAUAAUUAAUUUGUAAGGUCAUCAUGCAGUGUUUCGACUAUAUGAAUAUUCUCGUACAAGUUUAUCGGUCAACUCUUGUGAUUUUAUUAUAAUCCAAAAUCAUCUGUGGUUUGUUACCUUCGACGACACUCGCAUCAUUAUGUUGACUAGAUUAAAUGAACGGACCAUUUUAUUUUUGUUAUAUGAUAGGUGUAUGUGAUACCACCAGGUUUUGAUAAAUGCAAAGAUUGAUGAUUUGCAAGGUUGAGUUUAAUUAUUCAGGAAAAAUGGUGUAUUGGACGUUCUCGUCAAAAGGAAACUUUCUAAAGGAACACCGCUGAAAAAAUUAUUAGUAGUAAUUCUUCUUCCGCUGUUGUAGUAUGGUUGAGUUGAAUCAGAUACCACACGAUAUUUGGUUGGUUUUUCUUUUAUUUGCCGCCAAAAGCUUUGAAGAAGUUUGAAUAAAUUUGACAUCUUAGCGUCAAUAGCUGCCCACCCAAAUGUUUAUGCCAUAUCGUCCUGGUUUUGAUUUUAUAUAUUGCCUGAACGGGCAUCUUCCACGAAAGAAAUCUAGUGGUUCAUCAAUACAUUUAUAUGGCUCAUAAGUUUUUUGGCAAUUACUGAAAAACAAAAAACAAAUCUCUCUAAAACUUAUUAACUUAUCAUGCUUUUUGUUUCACCUCUUGUGGACUUACCAUCGAAUUGCAAAAAUAUUGAAAUUGCUUCAAAUCAGUGUCUAGAAAGAGCAGUUGUAAAAAGUCAUCGCCUCUUUUUUGCAUCUCAAUGCGCCUGCUUUUAUAAAAACACCUAAGAAACAAAAAAUUUAACUACUUGGUGAGUCAACAUUGCAUUUCUAUUACUUACCUAAAAAACAGUCCAGUUACCCUCUUUCUAAUGAAGUCCAUUCUUUUUGCUUAGUGGGAUUUUUUUGAUUUCAGCUUUCAAAAUAAUUUUUAGCUUCUGGUAGCUUCUAUGUUUUUUAUUUCUGCUGUUAGAAAUAAAUUAAACAAUUUCCCCCAAAUUUAUUUGCAAUAUUACUAUACUCCGAAAGCCAGGGAAGUACAUCAACUAUACUCCUCUCUUCUAAUAUACUCUUCUAGUCGUAGGAAAAGGUUACUCCAUUCCAGAGUUUGACCUCAACUUUGAUACUGCUAGUUGUGCAUCUAUAAUUUCAAUCAAGUUUAUAGUCUGAAUCUUCUUCACUCCCGAUUUCUAACUUGUCAUCCGUUUCGGAAGUAGUCUCUCAAAGAUCAUCCUCCUCGACGUCUUUCAUCACUAAAAUAUCACCUCGGACUCAUCUGAACAUAAUUGAUACCUUCUGCAAUGUCUUCAAGUUCCUUUUUUUUGUUACAGGUUUAUUUUUAUUAAACUUGUUCAUAAUUUUUAUUUAAAAAAAAAAUAAAACAGCAAGUGUGAUUUAAUAAAUUUAUGACAUACGUUAGAUAACCAAAAGGGGUACCAACGAGAUCUCAGGCACGUUUUUGACCUACAUACUAACCGUACGCUAAUUACUCUCAGCGCAUAAAAAAUCAUUGUUGCCUGCAUUAAUUAUUAAUAUAAAUAGCAUAGAAAAUGUAUUUUUGGAAUCCCCAAAGUACUCCGCCUAGGCACUCAAGGGUUAAGGCACAUUAAAGUUUUCAACCGUCACUUAAUACGGUUCCACACUUCAAUAACAAUUAAAUUUUGUUUGUAUAUAUUAAAUUACUAUCGACUUUUUGAGUGAAAGUCUUAGUAUAAAUCUGUUAAAAUUACAACGUGUUUGAGUAAAAAUAUAUUGAUUUAAAAAAGACUUUAAAUGUAUUGCAAUAGCCCGCCAUUCACCAGCGGAUGACUUGACCUAUUCAAUAUGGCACGAACCAAUUACGUGGAAGAAAUAUCUUCUUUAAUGUUAUGAGCUAUCGUAGGAUUGAACUCGUUUUGAUUUAUUAUGGUGAGUCAAAUACGUCGAUACGUCAAUAUUUCUGUUAAUGCAAAACACAAAAGUUGAGUAGUUUCUUCUUGAUUUUAUUUUAGACUUGUCAAAAGAAACAAAUGCGUAUAAUAUGUAUCAUAUACUCGUAUUAUGCGCAUACAAUAAAUAUGUAUCGUAAUAAAUUUUAUUUUUUCGAUAUUCCCAAUAAAAAUAUCUAGAGGACUUAAAUCAGGGCUGAUUAACUGACAUUUAUUCAAUCUAUUGCCAACUCGCUAGAUUAAAUUAAAAUGCAGUUAAGGCGUAAAAAAAUUGAGUUUAAAGGCAUGGGCUUAAAUUAUUCAAAACUGACUUGCGAGAAAUAUGUGAAAUGUUCAUAUAUUAUGUAUUUUUGAGAUCAGCAUAACAAUGUCUUUCUUUUUGGCUAAAAAUAUAUAGUACGCUCCAUUCAAAAAAAAAAAUUACAUGAUUUUAACAAACUUUUGCCUUUAAUAUUCCAGUUUCUUCCGAGAGUUUUAAACAUAGUAAAAUUAUGUAUGUUUUAACUAAUUGUAAAAAGGAAUAAAGCUUUAAAAAAUUAGCAAACAUUAAUACCCGAAUGUAAUGAAAAAAAAUAGAAGAAACUAUUAAUUCGCUCUGAUGUCGAUUAUUAUUAUAAUAAAGUUAUAGUAAGACUUAAACAAAAAAAAUCAAGAUACGUUUUUUUUGCUGAGGUAUUAAGCUUUUAUUUUUUUAUCCUAUUAGCCUAAAUUGUACACACCGUUACACCUAAAAUUUUUGAGUAGAUCGGACAAAAUAGUUAAAACAUUACUGUUACAUGUCUUUGGUUAAAACUAUUACUUACGUCUAAUUUCUUUGGUUUUAGUUGGUUUUUUUGCUUCGCCUUUUUACUUUUUUUUCCUUCGUAUAUUGCUAUUUUUCUUUUAGCAAUUUUAGCUUUAGCUGUGAAUUUUGUUUUGUCUUUUGUUGGGAUUCUUUAAGCUCAGUUUUAUAGGGCGAAUCUGUCAAAAUCGCUGUUUUUCCUCGUUUUCACGAUUCGUUUUUUUACUUGUAUUAUGAGAAGACUAAACCAAAACUAGUGUAACUUGUUAAAGUCCUGGUUGUAGUUCGAUCUCUGGUGUUAUUUCUGUUACUCUCUUGUUAUGAUAAUUACUGGUUUCGGGUUUUAUAUCGACUGACUGAUCGGUGGAAUUGGGUUUUAUCUGCAAAUCAGUUGUAGAUGAGGGCAAAAAGUUCACAUUGGUAAAAACGUUUCUUUCAACAGGCCAAACACUUGUUUUUUUGAACUCAAAGCUGUCAUUUGAUGGACGGUUGUUACUUCAACGCCAUAAUCUUAGAUCUUCUUCGUAGCACUUACUUAAGGGUUUUAUAAAUGACACGUAUACAGCCUGCAGCCGAUGUGUACAUUGAGGCCGAAAGCAAAGUAUGACGCCGUUUUCCGUAGUAAAAGAAGAACUGGAGAGUUCUUUGAACUCAACAAACUUUUUAAUCCAUAUAAGAAAUAAUACCAUAUCUAUCCAGCUCUUAUCGUUUGACUCAAUCCAUCCACAUGGAAGUAUUCCACUUGAGAAUGGCUGCUGCAUGCAUUUUCGUGGAAAAAUUAGCAUUUGCAACAUAUAAACUCCUGCCGCUGAAAAAUAGUUUUUCCUCUUUCCCCUGAUAUUAAUGUUGGGGCUUUCCAUCAAAACCUACUUCAGAAAUUAUUGCCUUAAGGCAAAUAUAAUAAAUUUUGUCUCCCUUAAGCUAGUGCUUUUUAGCCAUCUCUUCUAAUAGUUGAAAAAAUUGUGAAAUGGCUAUUUUGUUAAAGCCCAUUCAUUGCACAUGCUCCUGAAGUAGCUUCGGGCUUUCCGAUAGAUAGAUCGCGAUGUCUGUCAAAAAACACCUAUCUUUUGGUAACUAUUUUUUGUUCCUUGAUAAAUGGGUAUAUAGCCGCCAAAUAGUCUAGUUUCCAUGGGUUUUAAUAUGUGAUUAAUUCUUGUUCCUGUUUAGUGGUAAAAACCGAUUUUUUGCUACCCAAGUAUUUUGAGCCAGAAUAUACAGCAUUACUUUGGUUUUUACAUACGUGUUGUUCUAAAGUGGUUUGGGGGACAGCAAAACUUCUUGCUGUUUGUAAAUACCGCAUCUCACCAUUGACUACAGCAUUAACUGCCAAUUCCAAACUUUUGGAACUAUACCUUUGCAUAUUGGACUUUUCUUUUAUAUUUAUCUAAACAUUAUCUGUAUAAAAAAAAAAGUAUUUUUUUAAUGAGAGAAAAAUGAAAACUAAAAGGCAAACGGGGCACAAAAAGUAGGUACCCUAUGCCCAGUUGCCCCAUUUUUCCCAAACUGUAACGUUUUAGGUUAUGUUGCUUACUUUCAUAAUCCGAGUAUUUUUCGUAAUAGAAACAAAUACAAAAAUUAUUUGUACUAAUAAUACAUUAGCGUACUUUUAUUAAAUUAUUUUGAAGGCUAUAAAUUACAUGAUGACCGAACAGUAACACGCACCAAUCACAAGAGUUCUCGUCGUUUAAAUCUCCCGUGCAGGACUCGGAGAGACAUCUAACAUAGUAUACAAAUCCUCUUCGUUAGAUGAGGACACGUAGUUCUACCAAAAAUGGCAGUAUCCCGUUUUGCCCACCUUUCCCCUACAUCUUUUUAUUCGCAGGCCAUACGACUGAUACGGCCAAAGACAUUCUUAUUGGGUCCCUAGUACAAUUGAAAGCCUAUUUUUUAGUUAACUUCAAGCCGUAAUAAAACUGUAAGAACUUUUAAAAGAUCGAAAGCCGUAUUUAAUUUAGCGUAAAGUAACAAACUUUAUACAAUUAACCGUCAAAAUCCGUACGUCAGACCGGUCAAGUUAUCCAUUCGCUAGUGUAUAGUGGGCUAUUGUAUUAAUUGUCAAUUUCACUAUAUUAAUUUAACAUAAAUAAAUCUAUUUAGCCUUUAAGUAAUAUUCAACUCUCAAUACAAUAUUUUAUGGAAAACGUAAUAAAUCUGUAAAUAUAUAAAUAAAAAUGUUAAAGUCUAGUAUAUGCCAAAACAUGCAUGUUAAAUGUUUAUUAAACAAUCUGUGUAGAUAUGUGUCUCAAAAUCUGUUUGUAAAAAAGUUUCUUAUGAUGAAACAGAUUACUGUAAAAAUGUCAGGUAUCAUUUUUAUAUACAUUUAAAAAUAAAAUAUCAGUUAACUAGAAAAACUAGAUUUGGAAAUACUAUAGUGCCUUCCACUUUAUGCAGCUUUCACCAAUUCUUGCUCAUAUUAUUAGCUCAAUAAAAUAUAAUAUUAGAAAGGCUUUUCACAUUUUAAAAGCUUACUUCUUUUACAAUACUUUAAUUUAAAUGGAUCAAACCAAUACAUAUCGACAAAAUCCAGUAUAACCAAUAUAUUUAUAGUUAUUAAAAUACAGAGUGGGCCUAUCAAAACGAAAUUUGCCGAAUAUUUUAUAUACCGUGGGUUAAAGAAAAACAAUUAUUCGGAUCCGUCGAUUUUUAUUUCUCAGGGUAACAUAACGCUAUCAAGAUACGCUACCACAAUUCAGAUAUUAUCAAUGUGUUUCAUUUUUAAGGCAACUAUGUGACUUAUGUGAUAGCAUUAAUUUUUUGGAAAAAAAGUGUUUUAUGCUUAGCUCUAUGAUAUGGUAGGUAUAGGUUUACAAAAUGUUCAGUUCGUCUAUUCAUUGUUCAUAAUAAUGAUACUGUAAGUAUCAGCUUUUUGCGUCCAUAUAAUAAUUGCAAAGAUUCUGUCAAAAUGGCUCCAAAUCUAUUGACACAAUUGACGUAUCUUAAACCUAUGAGAGUUAAAUACAGGGUUGCGAUUUGUGUACAAAGAUACGCUUGAUAUCCUCAAGUUCGCUUUCGUAAUGUUAUAACAAAUAUUUCACCAGGCACGGUUGAAAGAGUACAGCAAAUGUAUUGAUCGUCUGGGGUACUGCGGAGCUGUUAAUGGCGGCCACUUCAAGCAUUUGAUAAAAGAAAUUUAAGAAUGUGGAAGGUAAUUUAUCAAUUUAUGUUGUAAAGUAUUAUACAUAAAACAUGUCCAGAAUUUUCCGGAGAAUCCGAAAAUGCAAAAGUAUACAAGAGGUUUCAUUUAAGAAAAAAAUAUUUUUUCUAUUAAACUUUUUACACCCUGUAUUAAUUUAUGAUAUUUGAUGUCAAAAUUUGCCCAAUCCAAAAAUAGAAUCGACAUGUCUAAAGAUUUAAAAAAAAAUACCGCUAUUAAAUCACAGCUGUAUAUAAGGAGGCAAAGGCAAAUAUAGUCUAGUUAAGGUUAAAAUGUCAUUAAUAACUUGACUUUGCCAUUUACGUUCAACUAUCUUCCAAUAAAUUUUUUAAUUAAUGUCUGACUAAUUUUAAGCAGAUACCGUUACAUUAAAGCAAAUUUAGAUAGUCUUAUAGAUGCAUAGAUGAUAUGGCUCAUCCCAAAAACUAUAUUUACAAAUUUUUUUUUACAAAAAAAAUACGUAUAUCCAGUAACAUACACUUGGUCAAGAUCACAUGUCUUCAUGACCACCAUGCACUUAUUACACACGUUCUCAUACGGAAUUGCCCAUUUGUCUUACAACCCACACAGAAGCACGAGUCUUUAUUCGGAGCCUUUAGUGGAAUACGUUGAAGGAGGAACUGCGACCAAAUUUGGAGCAGAAAACUCACCAUCUAAUUAAUCAUCUUUGCGAAAGAGGUCUUUCGUAUUAUGUUGGCCUUUUUAACUAAUGGCUUUACGUCGGACUGUUAUGGCUUUCUUUUUGUCGCCAGAUGUGGUUAAAAGCUCUUUAAAAGACUUAUUUAGUUUAACGGCUGAAGUUGUUUUGCCAAUGGUUAUCAUCAGAUGACUCCAAGGUCUCUAACGGUAAAAAUGGAUUAAUUUCUCUUGUCUAUAUAUUUCUGUCUGGUAAAGAUGGAUCAAAAGCUGAAUCGGGCAUUGCUUCUGGAUUUAGAGGAAACAUACCUGUAGCCACUCAUAAUAUUUUCCGUCGUCAUGCAUUUUGGCCAAACAUUAUAAAAAAUAUAUUAAACCUUGCUUUGUUUAAUGUUAUUUGAGGGUGAGUAUGUCAGUAGCUCCUGGUCUUAAUUUGCUUUAAAAAAGCGGAAUACGACUUUAUCCUGAGCAAUGUGCAGAACAUUAGCUGUUUCCGCAAUACUAAUCCAAAUGGCUGCAAGCUCCAUUAAAAACCAGAAGAUCUUGUUGACUUAUUUCGUAAAAUGUCUCAAAAAAUCGUUAAAAAGCAGCGUGGUCAUACUCCCCUUGAGUGUCAUUUUUACCAGGGAUCCCAAUGGCAAAUUGCUUAUAAUUCAGGUUUACCUUUAAACAAAAUCAUCGAUGGCAUAGAGUUUCCCAUAGUAUUACAGGAGGUAAAAACAGUAACAUUCUCCGCGUGCUUUGGAGAAACCAUAUGAAAACAUUUCACAUGCAUUACCUUUUUAAGACAAAACACGUUACUGGUGAUGAAUGAUGUGAAAAGUUAGUCGACAACCUUUUUCAUCCAUAUUGUACACGUUCUAAGGCUUAUCUUUUAUGUCUAAUGUUUUCAUUAGUUUAUCAAGCUUUAUAAAAUAAUCUGAUACAAUUUUUGGUAAAAUAUACAGAUUGGCAUAUACAGAAAACUAUUCAUCAUUGUCUGAUUGUUCGUAAAUAUUUCCAUUUUUAGAAUUAAGAUGCUGGGCCAUAUUAGCCGCCGUCAUAUUUGCCUUCAGUAUCUUAUUUGAAUUUCACAUGACUACAAAAAAUGUAUUUUGGCCUGUUUUAUUUACAUAUAAUAGGUUUUAAAAUAUGAUAUAUUUUUCUGCCAAACUUACGUGGACAAACUACUAAUAAAAGUACGAAUAAUACAUUAUUUUGUACAGGGCAUCUCAAAUUCGAAGGUGUACCAAGGGAUCUCGAAAAUGGUAAAAGCCGCAAGUUGUAAAUUUUAUGCAUAAUAAAAUAACAUUAAACAAAUUCUGAACAUUUCCUGAGAAAUUGUAGUGAUUUAGCGAUGAUACGACGUUUCGUCUUGUGACGAUUAUCAUGUUUCUUACUGAUGGAGUACUUAUGGGAAGUACCCAUAAUACUUGUUGGAUGCAUAUUCAACAAGAAUUGACUAUGUAUAUAGUGUCAAAGUUAAUUGAAAGAAAAAAAAGUUGAUGGUCACCAAAGAACGAAACGUGGAUAUCAAUUUUAAAUUAACCACAUGUGUAGAACGAAAAAAUUAGCCAUAGAAGUCGUAUUAUUCCGUGAACAAUACACAGCUCUGCUAGCUCUUAACACAAUUAGGCAUUGGUUUGUGAUAGUAGCGUAAUUACAUUUUACAAUUAUAUUGUUUUUGUAAACAGGAUUAUCUGGAUACGUUUCAUUUAAUACCAUUUUCUUAUUAUAGUUUAGUCAAUAAGAGUAUGCUCUUUUAGUAUCAUUUUGCAGUAGUAUAAAAUAUUACAUAUUACAAAAUAAACUUUAGUAACAGACAAAUCCCUACUAGAUACCAAAAUUAAAUGUAAAUACCCGAAUCUUUUAACAAAUAUUAGAUAGAAAUAGCAAUAUUUAUAAAUAUGUACUUACAAAUAUUGCAGUUCUUAUCUAGUUGUUAAAUAACAGACAAACAUAAUUUCACAGCGGAACUUUACUUGGUACGUUUCUCUUCAAACGAUAAUGUUAGAAUUUACAUUAACACUUUUGGGUGAUGUAGAAAAUAUUUCCUCGUUUUUAUGUUGUAUUUAUUAAAAUGGGAAUAUGAUGGAUAAUAAAAUGAGUUAUAACAUAUAUUUUUUAUCCAUUUUAAUUUAAGGGUUGAAGGGGUCGGUUGAACACAGUUAUGCACAAAAGACUUCUCCAAGGUAAAAAUCAGGAGGUUUUAGUUGUCUUCUUUUCAUUUGUUUUUUGUAGAAGGCCUGCGUUUGAUUUUAAAAAAUCGAAAGAGAAUUUAAUUAUUUUUAAUAAAAGGAAGCACUCGACUCUUAUUCCUAUUUAGGAUUUUAGGUUUAAAGCUUACUGGGCGAAUUUUUAGGGACAAGGCUGAUGAUAUGCGCAAAAUCUGUCUCCCUAGAAAUAAAAAUCGACUUGUCUGCCCGAUCUUUUCCAACAAAUGGUAUAUGAAAAAUCGGAGUAUAAGAUACUAUUUUUGAGAAGCCCUGUGUAAUAAGACACUACUGCGAAAAUUCUCAAACUGUAUUUCUUAUAUUAUUAUAUGGGUGGAAGGUGUUCUAUGGAUAUUAAAUGUAUUCAGCUGAAAAAGUUGAAAAAUAUUGUACAAUAUUUACAACAAAAAAACGCAUAUUGUUUUUUAUAUUUAUUUUCCGUUUAUCUCGUGUUAAUUUAAGAAAUAUUUAUGUUUAUUGUUAAAUAGUGAUGCAACCGCAAAUUUUAUUGCAGCUAUUCCUUUUAAAUAUUUUUAUGUAAACCUAUUAUUGAGUGUGUCUGUGUGUGUUUAUAUUAUAAUAAAACUUUUUUUAUUGUAAGGGCCA